CUCGCCAGUCGCCACUCCUCAGUCCUCACGCCACCGUGCCAGGGUCCCCGCUGGCCGCUGCUACACCCUGCCGCCAGUCGGCAAGCCCCCGCGCCCGCGGCGCUGGACCCUCAAUCUACCACCGCUUCGCACCUCCCCGCGCCUCCAGGGGCUUCUGCCGCCGGCCACCGAGAGCCCGCGCCACCCCGCCGAAUCUUCCGAGCGCGUCACCAUGUAGGCGCGACGCGUCGACGAGCGCGCUGAAGAACGGCUCAAUCUGGGGGGCUUGGCCGCGUCGGAGAGCGAGCUGAAGAAAGGCGCGACGGGGAGGAGGGAGGGGCCAGCGCGAGCGGGUUGGCGACGUGGAUGCCAAUGCCGCAGGACGCGCAGAGCGCGGCGGCGCCGCGUUCUCGCAGAGCCUUGACGCCUCGCGGCGCUCCGGCGUGUGCUGCUCAGUCCCCGGAACGCCUCUGCGCGCGUCGACGCGACGCGACCGCCGCGCUGGUCCUCUCCCUCGAGCCGGCGAACAAGGUGCGUGUCGUCUGCGCGGGAGCUGUUCCGGCGCUCGUCGAGGUGCUCCGCUCGGGCGGCUCGGCGCCGGAGGCACGAGAGCACGCGGCCGACGCGCUCAACAAGGAGAACCGCCCCGCCAUCGGCGUGCUCGGCGCGGUAACUCAUCCUGCACCCGCGAACCACCCGUGCGCACGACGCGACGCCGAGAUGGUGAUCGACCACAUCUCCCUCGUCGCCGUCAACAAGUUCAAGAAGCAAGAACGAACGCUUCCCGGGCGCUUCUUGUCGUCCAGCGUCGCUGAGCGGAUGUCCAUCGGCAGGCUGGCUCUUACGGUCGCAUGGAGGGAGGAGGGAAAGUGGAGGUGAGGCGCGGUCACGCGUGUGCCGGGGGAGGAUGGGAGAGGGGCACAUCGGCAAAACAGUUGCAGGGCCACACUAGCACCAUGUCAUUGGCACCUGCACAAAACUGCCUAGCAAAACAGCUUAAGAUGAGUCCCGGGGGUCAUUUGGCUUGUCUGGUUGGAGGAUUAAGUAUGCUAGUUUGAACUUCAGGGAAUGCUGAGAACAAAACUUGUGGGGCUAUAUGAACUUCUUUCAGAUUGCUACCAAGUCGGAUCGUCAUGACAAGUUUGUUUGAAGGAGAAACUAUGAAUUUUCUGAAGAAUCUAAGGAUCUUCCUCUUCAAGCGGAGAAAUGCUUAUCUGAGGUAUCUGUGCUACAUAUUGUUGUCGCGGAUUCAGAUUGACGCAUCAUUUUGGGUUUAUGUAAUUUUAAGGAUGAGUUCCACAAGUAUGUUAACCUCAUUCAGAAAUCAGGGACACAGGCAAGGGGAAUUGGCAAGGCCCUAUGAUCCAAGAACUGCAUGUAUGCCCUUUGUGCUUGUUGAAUUUUAUCUGCAUUUGAUGCCUUAUACUUGGUUCCCCUAAAGGAGUACAGUUAAGAGGCAUACCUGUAUCAAACUGAUGUCGUUUCAUUUUUGUUUCAUAUCAACAUGUUUCAUUCUUUUGGCUAUGAAUUGCGGGAGGAAAUGAACUACAUGUAUCUGGCAAAUCGAUUGUUCUGCAUGGGAAA